AAGCCACAGAAAAGAAGACCAUGGUAGUUCUUCUGACGUACAUGCGCAGUGGAUCCACGUUCACCGGUGAUGUCAUCCAGAAUAACCCGGAUGUCUUCUACGUGUUUGAACCGCUUCACUCUAUAGAGCGGUUCCGCAAGGGGAAAAUGAAUCUAAUGUUUCUCAAUGAGGGCCUACAGAGAAGAGUGCCUUCAGUAUCGCAGAAAACACUUGAAAACUUCCUGACAUGUAACAUGCGCGGCAUUGACGUUUAUACCCUGGGUCAACGUCACAUGCACAACAGCAUUGACACACGUGACUACGACAACUGCAGGAACCGGAAGCCAGGGAUCCUUGGAACCCUUGAUUGUCUUCCUGUGUUAGAGCGGCAUUGCGUCAGGGCUCCUGUAUCAUGUGUUAAAACCAUCAGGUUCAAUAUGACAGACAUGAGGUACCUCAUGAACAAACAUAAAAACAUUAAAAUUAUUCACCUGAUUCGGGAUCCGAGGGCCACACUCCGGUCUCAGAAAAGCGUAGGGCAGAUCUCCUUUGAUAGCUUGGACAUACAUGCAGAGAAUUUCUGUCAGAGAGUAAAACGGGAUUUGGAUGUUUCUUCAGAGAUAAAACCAUUUUACCCUCAGCGCAUUUUGACCGUUCGAUAUGAGGACUUAGCCGAGAGACCUUUCGAGACAACAGAGCACAUCUAUAGAUUCCUCGGCUUAAAUUUAACUACAAGCAUCCGAGAUUAUGUCCAAAAUAUAACGAGUGGCAGUGGCAACAUCUGUAGAAGGAACUCCUUGUGUACCAACAAGAACUCCAGGCAAAUUGUUUCCAAAUGGCGGACAAGUCUAUUGUACAGUCAUGUGGCUGUUAUCGACAAAAUCUGUGAGCCUUUGUACAAGAUGAUGGGGUAUCUACCCGCUAACGAACACAACCUUCGGAAUCUCAGUGUUCCCAUGUACACAACAAGGAACACUCGCUAG